AUGAGUUCGCAGAAGGCAGCUUACUUAAGGGAUUAUGUGGAUGCUGUCAGCGAUAAUGUCAACCUUGUUUUCAUGAGGGUGAACACCGCAAGCAGUCUUGGCCAAUCUGAUGGUUUCUUUGAUUGCCAUGAUAUUGUUCUAGUUUCUGAUCAUCCGCUGAGUGCUGUGGUUUGCCUGAAAAGGAUAAGUACAGCAUUGGCGAGGAAGUGGAAUAAUUUGUAA